CCCCACCCCCCCGCAUUAUUCGCUGGGUCAGGGCUUGACCUGCGAGUGACAUGCGAGUUGAGUCUUUUAUUAAUUGGGGCAUCGGCAUUUUCGGCAGCAGAGGCGAGGCAGCGCAGCGGAUCGCAGGGCACCUGUUUGUGAGCGACCAGUGAUUGAAGACUGAGCAAUGGAGCAGGACUGGAUGUCAGAGGAGGAGAUCGAAGCGUUGCAAGACAUCUGGGAGAAGGUAUUCAAGAGCGCCGAGGAUGUCGGAGUCAUCAUCCUCGUGAGGCUCUUCACCGGCCACCCGGCAUCCAAACAGUACUUCGCAAUGUUCAAGGACCUCGAGACCGCUGACGACCUGAAGGCCUCGGCCAAGCUGCGCUGGCACGCGGGCCGCGUCAUGGGCUCCCUGGACAAGGCCGUGAGGAGCUUGCGCAACCCCGAGGAGCUCAUCCAGAUCCUGCGCGCCGUCGGACUGUCCCACGCCAGGCAGGCGACGCCCGUCGACGUCAAAUACUACCACAUCCUGGGCGGCAUCAUCAUGGACGUUCUGCUGGAAACGUUUAAGGACGAGCUGUCUCCGACGGCGCGCGGUGCCUGGACGAAGCUGCUGGCCACCCUGUGCACCGAGUUUGAGAACGCGUACAGAGAGGAGGGCGUCCUGGAGCAAGCGGCAGCCUAGAUGAUCAAAGAGGCUUCCGGCGUUGAGGAAAUCGUGGGGGGUGGUGGGGGAGGGGGGCGAGGCAAAUACGGUGUAAUUGGUGUCGUGCUACCUUUUCACAAUGUGUUCGCAGUGGACCAGUUGGGGUGGCGGCUUCUUGAUAAAAACGCAUGUGGUGUGUUACAAAGGCAUCCGUUGAAUCCUUGCACAGAGAGAGAGAGUUUGGGAGCCGCAGCCUUUGAAGCUGCAGCUCACUGGUGGGGAAAUGCUUACUUGCAGAUGGAAUGAGAGAUGUUUGGUUGGCAAUUGAUGAGUCGACGCUUGGAUUUUUUAUUUACUGUCUUUGUGCGUUUUAAUUUGCAUGAUUUUCUUUAUAUCUUUUUUAUUGUUUUGCUUCCGUCUCCUCCGCCCCGGCCCCAAUUAUAUUCACUCAUGUCACCUUUAUAAAUCAUCACAGAGAGCAGCACAUAGCUUCUUGCCCACAUUACGUGGCACUAUUUAAAUGUGCUGCAAAUGAUGUUUAUCACUUGGUCAUACUUUUCUUUCGUCCACACUGGUGAAGCAAGCAUCAGCUUCAGUUGUGGCGAGUCAUUGGUGACGAGGCUGAGACCAUCAACUGACUACACUUGAAAGCCUAAUUUAAUCAAGAGUAUCUGAAACUCGGAUUCAAACCCAGGAUUUCAGUGAAAAUGCUUCAGUCUUGUGACAUGGUAAUAGCUCUCUCUCAACCUGGCCAUUCUUAUUGAUUUAUUUUCGAAUCGAUAACUGACUACGUCCAAUUUUGUUUACCCGGUACAUUUAGACGUCUGUAUGUUUCAUCCUUACAGAUGUUCUAAAUUACUCACAGCAUUGCACAUGUUUACGAUGACAAAACUCUGUAUCACUGCCUCCUUACUUGAGAAGAUAUAAUUAUUAUGGGUGACUCACUCUUGGUGCUCCACUAACUACAAUACACUUUUAAGAAAGCGACUGUUAUAUUAUAUGAAAUGUUUUGGUUUUAAUAAACAUUGUGUCAACAAACUCACAUUUUUAACGGUUAAUAAUUGGUUUCCAAUAAAGGUUCAUUGGGAAAUUCCGCAUUAAAGCUUUAAAGGUAGUAUCGCAAAUUAUUUCACAAGGGUAAGAAAUGCAAUAUGAUCAUUUUUCAGUGGGUUUGCCCAUUAAACAAAAAAACAAAUAACUGCCUGAACUAAGGCCAUUGAUUCAAACAGUGGGACGCACUGCGGGGGGGGGGGCGGGUGCUACAUUCAACACAGCCUACAGCAAAUACAGCCGCUCGCAAUUAUGGUCCCAACGUUGCCAUCGGGACAAUAGCGACCCAUGAUAAAAAAAAACACCAAUAGCGGGGCACUAUUAACAUAGCUGUUUACGACGCGACUGAAAAGUCCAAAAAUGUUUUAUGUGUCUCCCUGCUCAAACAAGCAUUGGGCUGCUGGUGCCUAUCUCUAUAUUCUUAGGUUUUUUCGGUAAAGUCACGUAGGUAAAACAUCAAAAUUAAUAAAAAAUAAAAUAAAACAAAAAUCACGACGUUUCGGAGGCAACACAAGUCUCCGUCAUCAGGUGGGACCGUCACAGCCGGAUUAGCUGCAUCAAGUGAGGCAAUGAUUCAAGAUGUAAUCCCUUAAAAAGCAAGUUGAGGGGGAGGAGAGGGGGGGGGG